GGGAUAUUAUUGUCAAUUCCUGAAUCUCACUGUGGGUUUUUGCAGGAAAGAAGCAAUAAUUCCGCCUGAGGCUGAGCAUGAAGAUACAGAUCUUGUUGGUGACAUCGAGCAGUCUCUUGAUUUCUCUCACCAUGCCACGCUUUUCCAGCAGCAAACCGGCUAUUUUCUCAUGCAACUGGAUAGUGUAGAUGUGGGAGAACCACUUAACGAUAAUGCAGCGGAGGGAGAUACUUACAUCAAGGUCCUUUCUUAUUCAUUUAGUGUGCCUUCUUCAGUUACUUUUAAAUGUGACCACACAUAUCCAUAAUCUGUUGAUCAGCUAAUGUACCCCACCCCUCUCUCUCUCGCAUUCAGCUGAUCCUGAGGAUAUCACAUUGCCUAAAUGUUAUGAUCCAUCAGUUGCACAUGCAGAUUUGUUCAACCCUCGCUUUGAGAGAUUUGAAAUUGAGGGAGAUGACGUAGACCUCACAUCAGGAGAGCCCACACAUAUUCGACCACCUUCUCCAAAUUAUCUAAUACCUUCUCCACCUCGUCAAGACCAGCAUCAGGAAGGACAGCAGGCUAAUAAUGUGUUUGAUGAAGUGGUGCAGAUGCAGGAUGUUCAAGAGAAUGCUCAACAGAGGCAGAGGCCUAUAAGGAGGAGAAAGAGAAAAACACCUGCCUCUGUAAUGGAUAAUGACCAAACACCUGCUUCAAGAUACUUCAGGUAUAGUUUCAAGAAGACGAAGAAACCAAAAGCCCAAGAACAUAAUGUCUACUAUGAAUAUUGGUAAACUCAUGGAGCAGCCAGCUAGUGUUCUCAUGGGUCGUUUAUUUAAACCCGGAAGUGGAGAAACAUAUUAUCCAGCUCCUCUCUUAGAGCUAUUCAAGGAAAAACAUACCCAUGACUCACCUUCAGCAUUAACCUCGCCACCUCUGCCUCCAGAACCAUCAUCGUGGUCACCACCUGAAAAACAAACUUAUCACGACCUGCCUGUUGAAGAUUUUCUUAGUGGAGGUGGCUCCCAGUCAUUUGUAACCCCCAUGGAACAGAUACGGACAAAUUUAGUUAACAAUGACGUAACACUACAACCUGAACUCAUGGAUAAACUGAAAGCCAAUCCUAAUGGCAUGAAAGGAGCUGAUACCAACCCGGCAACACCAAGAAAUUCUGGCGAUGAGAGAAGAUCCAUCCUGAGGUCCUCAUCUGGAAAGGGAGUUAACAGAAACAGUUCAGAGGUCAAUUCUGGACGGAAGAGGCGUUAUUCAUCUAUACAUAGCAAUGAUGGACUUGAACCAGUAUUAGAGGAUAAUGGAUGUCAGCAUUCUGAUCCAAACUUCAACGUAAUAAGGUUAUCUGGAAAUGGCCCAACACCUGAGCAUGAAUUAUUGAUGGAAACUGGACCGACACAGACACAACAACCUAUCAUCAAUCAACCACUGGAAAAAGUGACUGAUGCCAUUCGAAUGGAACUGAAAUCCCAUUUUGAAAUACCGGGUGGCCCUCAAGUAGAAUCCCUGAACAAACUGACUGCUGGAAUGAAUCGAAGAGGAGCGGCUAUGCUUUUCUAUCAAACUUGUGUUCUUGCUACUCGUGAUUUCGUAAAAGUUAAACAAAUUGCCCCUUAUGAGGAUGUUCUCAUUACUAGAGGACCAAAUAUGUGAUAGAGAGCUCGUGCUGGAAUGAGGAAAGUGAUGCUACUUAUUGAAGAAAGUUGGCAUUGCUCCUUACGUGGAAGCUGAUGCUAGUGUUAGUCUAAUUAUCCUUUUUGGAGUACUAAUUUUGAAAGAUUAGAUACACCUGAUCUAUUUAUCCUAUUUAUGGUGUGGUCAGUAUUUAAGAAGUGCUACUUUCUUGCAAUGGGCUGAUUGCUGCUCUUCUGGCAGCUCCAUUGUGAUUCAGUUAUGCGUUAGAUAUUCGGAAGUAGUUUUAAUGGUCUUGUUUGAUAUAGUUUUGUAUAAUUGAUCCAUGGGUGGUGCACAACUGAAAGUCUAAAACAAGCUUGGGCUGGGUGCCACCUGAGCUCUAUACUAGUUUCCUUUUGCAAAGUACAUCGCUACAGAUAGAAAUGAUCAAAUAGAAAUUGCAACAA